GCUCUCAGUAAAUAACGAUCGACAUAAACAGUGGCGCUUUCUUCUGGUUGUAUCGGUUAUGUGAUAUAUGUCCAAAAGAGCAACAAUCACCUCUGACUUUUAAAAGCUGUAAUGAAAUCCAGUGCACCUGUGUUCACAAGGCAGAAUCCCUUCGAGCCAGCAUCCAAAGUGGGGAAGGCACAUUAUCAUCCAUCCCGUAAACAAUCCCUGUCAAAGAAAGAGAAAAAAACGACUCUGAGUCCAGAACGUUUAAACCAACGAUCCAGUCCACAAUUACACAGUCUGAGCCCAGAGAGCCAACGGCCGUAUGAGAAACGUGACCUACACUUUGUUUCCACGGAUAGACAGCCUGCGUUUGAAGAAUCCUGGCCCUCCACCGACUGUGGAUCUUCUCCUGCCAGCAGUACUUCUUCUGACAUGGAGACAUCUAAACAGAGUGCUAGAGCAGGAAAAUCCACAUUUUCCUCAGAGUUUGAAGUUCAGCAGAGUUCAGUGAUGGCAAAGUACAUAGAUCGCUUUCGCAAUGGUCAACCACAGAGUCGAGAGGAGCGCCAGCAGAUGCCUUCUGCCAUAGAAGAGAAGCAGCUGCCUUUUUGGUGGAUGUCACCCUCAUCUUUACCUUGCAGUUCAACACCAACUAAAACAACAGACAGAGAAGUUAUAAAGCCUAUGAAAGAUGACCAUGGACCUGCCAGCUUCAGUCCAGCUGGACAACGUCAACAUGACAGAUCCCCCUCCCCAUGCAGAGGAUCCCUUAGUAUUUUAUCAGACACCUCCCAGAUGGAAUUUGACGAUGCGGUAGAGCUACUACAGCUUCAAGAAAAAGCCAAUCAACUGUUGCUGAGAGGCGAAUGUACUCUGAGUGAUGGAUCUAUACCUGUCAGCUCAGAGGGCCUGGAUUGCUCAGAUUUCUCUUCUCGAGUCAGCGUAGAUGAGCCUCCGCGAAGACCUUUGAUUCCCAGUUUAAUAACAUCUACUGCAAAGGCCUGCUCAGACUCAGACCGAGCUGUGUUCUUCCAAAGAUCCUCUGUCAUUCCUUCUCUGGUGCCUCCCACACGCCGGGAAGAGGACAUAUUGUUCCAGUGGCGUUUAAGGAGAAAGAUUGAGCAGGCCCGGGAGUGGCCCCCGCAUCAGACCAGUCUGCAUGGUCCCACUUUCAGCUGGCAGGCCCCCAGUUCUUCAAACAAUGCCUCAGCCAGAGGACAGGCUUACAAGCAACACCGGAGUAUUCAACGUCCUGACGUCUCACAAAAAGAUACACAUCUGCACAUCACAGCUCCACAACUAGACACCAAAGAAGCUCACAAAUCCUCCCCCCCGGCUUCAGGUCCACCUCCCUUCCCUGCCUUUGAUGUCUCUGGCUCUUCCGUCUCUCAUCCCCAAACUAUUGCACCUGUUCCUGCCCACAUGCAUUUACUCUGUGAUAUCUUGCCCUGCCCAAUCCAGUCGUCUCAUGCUACCAUGAAACACAAAACUUUGAAAAGUUUAGAUGGCACCAAAGUUGCCUGUAAAAAGAUCCAAGUCCCUACAAACAUAAUGACCACCAUCACUGACAAACCUUCUCAUGCACAUAUGCCAUGCCCAACACCUGCUUCAUCUGGAAUAAUAGAAAGAGUAGGGCUUAGUCACCACAAAAGAUCUGAGAGGAGCAAGAGAGAGAAAGCCCAAACAAGAGAAUCGGAGAAGAAUGAGGAGAAGGCGGCCCCGUCAAUCAGAAAGCAGAAGAAAUCAACAAGGGAACAUGCUGCUGGCACUGGCUCUACAAACAGAAGUUCUUCACAACCAAGAGUUUCCAAAAAAGUCAUGCCGUGGGCAGAGCAGCCGCUGCAGGAGCAACGCCAGGGGUUUUCCAGGGAAAGCUGUACUGGCGAUCAUGCACCGCCCCCUUCUCCAAUCCACAGAGCCUUAGGACAGGUAAUUUCAGAGGUAAUGUUCCCCACGGCGGACUCUGCACAAAGGACCCCUGACUCAUCGGUUUCCCCUCCUUGCCCUUCCUCUGCACCUCCACAAUCCACAGUUCCUCCAUGCAAUGCACAGAGCUCUAUGGAGGUCAUCUCACAGCUGCUGCAGGAAGCGGAAGGCUGGAUUAUUGCAAUUCCCUUUUAUCAGGCUGUCCAAACUCAUCAUCAAAGACCCUUCAAUUCAUACAAAAUGCUGCAGCACAGGUUUUAACAGGAACGAAAAAGAUGGACCACAUCACUCCUGUUUUAGCAGCAUUGCACUGGCUACCAGUUAAGUCCAGGAUUGAUUUUAAAAUACUUUUACUCAUAUACAAGGCGCUCAAUGGUCAGGGACCAUCCUACCUACAGGAUCUUUUAACCUCCUAUUGCCCCUCUAGGGCAUUAAGAUCCCAGAGUGCAGGUCUGUUGGUGGUUCCCAGAGUCCACAAAAAAAGGUCAGGUGCUAGAGCUUUCGGCUACCAAGCCCCGUUCCUCUGGAAUCAACUUCCAGUGACGAUUAGGGAGGCAGACAGUGUCCACACAUUUAAGAGUAGGUUAAAGACUUUCCUCUUUAGUACAGCGUACAGUUAAGACUGGUUUUAAACCCCCUUUUAUACAUCCUCAUGGACCCUUCGUUUUAUGGAAUUUUAUUUAUUGUACUCUAACUGUAUUUGUGUCAUUGUGUUAUGUUCCUUUUUAAAUUGGUAUUUUCACAUUGAUCUUGUAAGAUACGUUUGUUGUUUUUACAUUGUUUUACAUUGCCAAUUGUUUGUUGACUUGUGAAGCCCUCUGAGACAAAUAGGAUUUGUGAUUUUGGGCUAUAUAAAUAAACUUGAAUUGAAUAUCUUAAGAAUGGCUUUUGGAGGCGUUUACAUUUCAAAACAACUUAUAGUGUUGCUUCCACACAGUAUAUUUACAUGCUGAUGUAUACGACAAUAUCAACCUUCUCCUUGGCUGGUGAU